AUGGAGAACAACAAAAAGCAAACAUCGUCUCCUUCAUCAACAACCGUGAAUUUCGAUCAACCACUCAGUCCCAAGGAUUCCAUUUGUCCAUCACCACCAUCUGUUGAGGAUAUUGGAUCAAGAAUUCAAGAAGUGGGAAAAAAAAGUCUUGGAACACCAGGGGAAGCCACCUUGUUCAGCUCUUCAAUCCUCUAUGGUGGUCGUGAAGAUGAUACCCCAAUAGGAAAUACAGCUGAACCAUGUGAUGUUUUUAAGAAAGAUACGGAUAAUGCUGAUCUCAAUUGUAACAAUCCUAACAGUGCUUCAAGGGGAGACUGGUGGCUAGGUUCCCUUUAUUACUAA